AUGAUUGUGCUUGUGUAUGUUGAUGACAUUAUCGUUACAGGCUCUUGCUCCACUACUAUUACAGCUUUGGUUCAGCAUUUGAAAGGUCAGUUUGCAGUAAAGGACCUCGCUGAUUUACAUUUUUUUUUUGGGCUGGAAGUCUCUCGGUCAUCUACUGGAAUGCACAUUUGCCAAACUAAGUAUUUUCGGGACUUACUAACCAAGACGGGCAUGGUGGAUUCCAAGCCUCUCUCUACACCGAUUACCCUUGGCUCACUCUCUCUUCAUGAUGGCACUCUCUUACCCUCCGCUACUGCAUAUCGAAGCAUUGUAGGAGCCUUACAAUAUUGUACUCUUACCAGGCCAGAUCUCGCGUUUGCAGUAAACAAACUCUGCCAGUUUAUGCACUCUCCAACAGACAUUCAUAUGCAGGCCGCUAAGCGUGUUCUCCGCUACCUCAAAGGCACUACUCACCUCGGCUUGUUUCUCCAUCCCACUACUGAUCAUACAUUAUAUGCCUAUACAGAUGCCGAUUGGGCAUCUUGCCCGGAUGACAGCCGCAGUACAAGUGCUUAUUGUAUCUUUCUUGGGCACAAUCUGAUUUCUUGGUCCUCAUCCAAGCAGAAAGUGGUGUCUCGUUCAAGUAUUGAAUUGGAAUAUCGCGCCAUGGCCAAUGGCGCUGCUAAAAUUUCUUGGCUACAGUCUCUUCUCUCUGAAUUAGGCAUGCCUCUUCCUCAUCCUCCGGUGUUAUAUUGCGACAAUGUCAGCACUCUUCACUUAGCUACUAACCCGAUACUUCAUGCUCGCACCAAGCAUGUGGAACUUGACUAUCAUUUCAUUAGAGAACAUGUCCUCCGCAAGGAUCUGUUCUUGUCUUUCACUCCGUCGUCCAAUCAAUUGGCGGACUGCCUGACCAAGCCUCUUAUCACCACUCAAUUCCUGGAGCUGCGAACCAAACUCACUGUGCUUCCGCGCCCAAUGAGUUUGCGGGGAUGUUAA